GGGGGUGAAAGUGUCCGGACUGGAAGGGGGGGAAAGUGUCCGGACUGGAAGGGGGGUGAAAGUGUCCGGACUGGAAGGGGGGUGAAAGUGUCUGGACUGGAAGGGGGUGAAAGUGUCUGGACUGGAAGGUGGGGGGGAAAGUGUCCGGACUGGAAGGGGGGGAAAGUGUCCGGACUGGAAGGGGGGGGGGGGAGUGUCCGGACUGGAAGGGGGGGAAAGUGUCCGGACUGGAAGUGGGGG